AUGAAGAUCCCAACUAAACUAAACACACCUUUUUCGUAUUACUAUUCCACACUAAAUAUGAAUGAGAUCAUCUCCAUUGGCACCACCGAAAACAAAGCGGCCCCCGCCUUACAUCGGCAACUAUUUUUCAUUUCUUUUCAUUGUUUCGUCAUAAAAUCAUAUUUUCUGAAUUUUAUUAGCCUUACAAUGUAUAUUCUCCUGUUCCUUUGUUACCUGGUGAAAACGAACGCCACGAUCCUCCAUUUCUGGGGUUACCCAACAUCUGAAGAAGAGUCCAAGUCCUGUACUUUGAAUGCAGCUGCUGAUUUCCAAGGUUGUAUGGAUUUGUGUGUUGGAAUGGAGUGGUGUAUGAUGCUUGAAAUUCCAUACUUUUAUAAAUGUCGGAUUCUGUCGAAUAUUAUAUUCACAGAAAUUUCACAGUUUCCCAAAUUUCAUAUUAUUAGAAAUUACAGUUUUCAAAAUUUUCAAGUGUUUUUGAAACACGAAAAUUUUGAAUAUUUUGGAAUAUUUUUAAUUUUGGAACUUGGAAAACGCGGUAUUAAUGGUUUUUUGAAAUUAUCAACUCAUGAAAAUCUAUCCUACGGAAACGGCACCACUUGUAUCCUAUGUGACAUCUACACAAUCAGUUCAAUCACUCAAUCAGAUCUCUCAAAAGGAAUCGAAAUCGCAGUAAAAGUUGAUGUUCAGAAUUCGUGUCCAGUGGAAAUAGUCUCCAAUGUUUAUACGUACACGAAAAAUUCCAAUGGCUACACAAUGACCUACUCGGACCCGUUAUGGAUCAUUUCUUCCGGGAGGGUUUGCCCGGACGACACCUGGAAACAAGUUCCAAGGGCAGUUGGUCCAUUUUGUAUUAAGGUCUUCAGUUCAAAUGCCGGAGUAACUCGAAACAAUGCACUUGCGGUUUGUGAAACUUAUGGUGGCUGGUUGGCAGGGUUUGAAACCAUCAUUGACUAUAAUUAUAUUUUUGACACCGCGAGAUCCCUAUUCCCGACACCUCUCGACUACCAAUACCUGACUGUUUGGAUCAGUGGACUCAUGAAGACGGCAUGUCAAGAUGAUACAGGGACUGUUAAUUGUGCUGGAAUAAAGGCAUUUGGUGAAUUUCCAAAUCAGAACAAUCAAGAUCUAUACCGCUUCCCUCCUGGCUAUCCGAAUUUCACCAAACUGAAUACGGGAUACUAUCAAAGGGGGUUACAAUUAACAUGGAGUCAACAAUUGACCGCGUAUAAUGGAAUGGUUACUAAUGCGGCAACGGAAUACGCUUGUAAUGGAGAGCAGAAGAUUUGUGCAUUUUCGUAUGCGUGCGGGAUAUUGGGGAAAGUAUAA